UCAUGUGAUCAAAACAUGGCCGGUAUAAGGUUUGUUUUUGUUCAUUAAUCGUUUCAUGUUUUAUCAAUAAAACUAGUUACGUUUGAUAUAGAGGAAGUAUGCUGAAUUAAUAAUCGUAUUAUUAUUUAAAGUGUAAUCGACUAAUCAUGCUGUCAACUCGUGAAAUGAUAUGAUUUGCUCCAAAUUUUCACUAGGCUUCCGAUGCAGUACUUAUCAUCAGAUCAUGUCUUGUGUAACUAUUUGUGUGCAUUCAAAUAAACUUCAUUUUUGGUUGGAGUAUGUACGUUGUAAUACUGUUUACUAUGUCUUUGUAUUGUGAGAUAAUGCUUUUUUUUUUUAUUUUUUUUUUUAGCUCAGCACAGUAAAUUAAUAAUUCUUAAUUAAGAAUCCUGUGGAUGAUAAGCUCCAUGAUACAGGUUGGGAACACUUCCCCUUUAGUGAGAUCUUCUCACUAAAAUGCGAUUAUCCCUCUUUAGCGAGAAAGUAAACAUUACCAUAAACAGGUGUUUUGAUUGAAAUUAAUGGCAAAUUCUGUGCAAUGGCAAUGCUGAAUAUUAAAGUAAGACGCACACGUCUUUAUAAAAUUGACAACACAGUAAAUAAAUUUCAUAUCAACGGUGCUGUAUAAGAGAGAAGGAGGCGGAAAUCCAAUUCACAUCAUGAGUUUUUUGUUUUAAUCUAUAUAUGUAAGACUCCAAAGUGUGAUGGUCUGGCACACCAAAGUGUGAUGGUCUGUCAUUUGUAGGCGCACCAUGUCGAAGUGCGAUAAUCUGGCACUCCAAAGUCCGAUGGUGUAGAGGUAAAGUUUGUGACGUCCCAUUAUUAUGUCGUCAUUCGUAACAUCUUUCAAAAUCAAACCGAAGAAAUGCAACAUCAGUUCGCCCCAACAAAGGUUCUUUCUGCUGGCACCAAUGUCUUCGGGAUAUUGGAGGAAGGCACAUAUGAUAAAGAUUGACAAGGACGAUAGCAAGGGGCAAGGGAUUAUGACAACAGCAAAGUACAUUUGUUGUCCAAGUAUCUACUUCACCCAAACAUGUUUUAAUGCACGAUCAUUUAUUACUUGUGACGUACACGUAAUAAAUUCCUGGGGGUAUGCUAUAAUGCAAAACAUUCUAUACGAUUUCAUGUUUGAAAAUUUUUUGUGUUUAAUAAAACGACAACUAAAUGGUAAUGAAAUAAGUUGUUAUUAUUAUUUUUUGCAUUGAUACUUUGGUGAAACAACACACAUUUGGUACAGUCUGUACCAAAAAACUGUGUGCAUUCAGUUUUGCAAACCAACGAACUUUGGCGUGUCACUCCAUUGCACUUUGGCGCAUUAAUAUCUACCAUCGGACUUUGGCAUAUCAGACCAUCUCACUUUGGUGUAUUUGUCUCACACCAUCACACUUUGGCAUGUCACACCAUCGCACUUUGGCGCAUGAGUGUGAACCAUGGCACUUUAGCUUGUCACACGGUCAGGGUUUGGCGCAGACCAUCACACUUUGGCGUGGCCAACGCUCUUUGGAGUCUUACAUAUAUUUAUCAAAGUUUCAGACGUUUUAGCGCUUUUUCUUCUUUUCACAUGAAACAUGAAGAGAUAUACUCUGUUGGUGUUUUUCUCGGUUGUACGGGAUAUAUUUACUCUUGUUAAAGAAAGAGGGAUAAUUGUGUUUUUGCGAGAAUAUCUUGAUGUAGGGGAGGUAUUCUCAACCUGUUAUAAUACACUGUACAAUAUUACUUGGAGAACUAGAAUGACAAUGGUGUAGGCUAUUCCAAAUUAUUUUUACAUAGAGCAGAUUCUGUUACAUAUUUACCACAGUUUAUGUGCUCAUGAAUUGCAAACUUUAAGAGUUUCAUAGUGAUCAGAGAACUAGGUUGGAUAGCUGUAAAGUAUAAGAGUAAUUACCAGACUUGACAUUUUGGGUGUGUAACAGGAAGGGAGAAAAUACAACAGACCACACUGGGAUUUGGGUGGUUGUAAUGAAUGUGUUUGUUAAAAGUAUGUUACACAAAAAUUUUUAUCAUUGUUUUUUUUUGGGGAGGGGGGAUUGUUGCAUUUUGCAUAUUGAACUUAUUUAUGUUAAAUGUCAACUGAAAAAGAAUGAAAACAAAACAAACAUUGAACAUAUAUCUUUUGCAGGAAAAAUGGAGUUGGAAUUUUUUUCAUAUAUGAUCAUACAAUGCUCCAGAAAGAGGAAGAUGACUUAAAAGAUGCCAUUCUCUAUUUUUAUCCCCCAUUUGUAAGUAAAGGUUGAGGAGAAUGACCAGUGUGCUAUGUGUGGCCAGUUAAUGGGGAUGUCCGAGUUCCUUUCCUGCACCAUCAGCCAGUCUCCACCAUGCAUCUUUUCCCUGAAGAAAGGAAAGUACUGUCUGAAAAGGAUAGGAGACUACAGCUUUGGACUAGAAGGAAACUUUGGAGACUCCAAUAACCAAUUAAAACAACAACUGGAUUUCCUCUAUAACUCCUUUGUCAUGUAUUGUGGAAGCAUACUGAACAUAAAACAUCAAUAUUCUGGUGACCACAAGGGAUUUUUGCGAGAGCUUCGGGGUAUCUGGGAUAUUCUGUACCCAUGUGGUUCAUGGCAUGACAGUUUUCUUACGCAAGCAUUCCAGAUUCAACCUUCCUUAAACAUUCCAAAGGGUAAAGGAGAGCUCUUUCUACAGGCUUCCAACAUUUUGCAGUCCAGCCAGAGGAGGCCCGGGGUCUUGGUGGGACUUAUCAUGUACAAAAACAGAGUUCUGUGUACUCAGGCUUCACCACAACUCAGUAGAAAACUCAUAUUGGUCACCCCACAGCUUCCGUGUCUCUCUCUCAACACAGAAGAUAACCUCCCAGUGGGAAUCAGAUUAGUCACUAUAUUUUUAACAAAUGAGGAAUAUUCUGCAAUAAGAGUGAAGAGAAAUGCUGGUAAUCAACACUGUAAAUCCUCUAAAUUUGUUUGGACAACCUACAAUUCUGAAAAUCAAUCAUCCGGGAGAGCUCAAAGUAGAGGAGACAACUCCAAACGGAAAGAAAUGGAGAUAAUUCCAGAAAAAUCGGAAACGUUGUCAAUGAGUGAAAGGGACAAGGGCUAUCUCUCCGAUACCUCAGUAGAAUCAAGGAAGAGUAAGAAUAAUAUACGAAAGAGCAGCAAUUUAUGGACACCUGCUGACCAUCCCACACAGAUUACUCAGGGCUUUGAAUCUCCAUCACAGCAGAUGCCAAAUGUAGAACAAGAUGUAGAUGUUACCAUUAGUGACUUAGACAAUGACAGUCCAAGGAGAUCAAGUGAGGUGCUAUUUAAAGAAGAGGAAUCAAAGAAUAAUCAAGACUGUGUUCAACAUAAUGUUCUUAAUAACAUUUCAUGUAGUUCUAAUGAAAGUAUGACACAUAAUGAUAGGAAUGAUAUGAGUUCAGAGGUCACAGUAUUGGCAGAGGUUCAUCAGAUUGUUAAUUCCCAAGAAACAAAUGGUAUACAGGAAGUUGUCCAGACAGAAAGUGCCGCAAAUCGUUGUGAAAUUGAAAUACGAGUAGAGAAUCUGGAUGUAGAGGACACUGAGAAGGUUUCUGAGGAAAAUCCCCCCGAUGUGACAGUGUUAAAUAUGAUGAAUAGGUUACCAUUAGCCAGGACACCAGAAAUACUGUCUGACAUUGAAACUGUGGACAGCAGACUAUCUGGGUCUGAAUCUCCUGAAAUUCACACAGCUGCUGAGUCUAAUUCCUCUGCUGACCAAGUGAAAGAGAGGCUAGAAUUUACAGCAGUGUCGUCAGGGGUAGGGGUGUCAGGGGAUGAAAUGAGUGACAACAAUGUGCUUGAAGAACGUGUUCCUACCAGUUCAGUCAACAGCAGUAUUCCAAGCUCUAAAUACUCAUCAUUCUUGUCCAGUAAAUUUGACUCCCUGACCAGUGAAAGCACGGUUUUGGAAGAAGGCGCUUGGUACCCUGGACUUGAUGACCUUCAGGAUGCCAUUUUAUAUAUUCAAGGUCACUCUGAGAUCUCACUUCUUCUGCUGUUGGAAGGCACCAAAGUUCCUGACCACAAUACAAUUCAAAGUUUGUGGAAAAAUGCCCUUCCACAACUGGCAGACCUAGACAGUUCUUUGAAAGAUGUCCUUGAAGAUUCAGCUGAAAGUUCUUUGGAUAUGUCAUCUUGCCUACAGUAUGAUUCUUUCUUUAACAGUCUUUCAGGAAAUGUUGUACAACCAGUAACUAGCCAGGAAGAAGAGUUUCAGAAAUUGGCAGGCGCCAUGCAUUACGCAUUCAAAGAGAACCAGAAUAUUACAGAUAGUUUGUUUCAGUCUCAUUCUACCUACUGCCUGGGACACAGGAACGAUAGUGAAGAAAUUUACCUAUCAUCACAGGAAAUGGACACCAAAGGCCUCAAGACCAACAUAUCUAUGAUCUCUAGUUUACAAUCAAGUUUAACCAAGAGCAAGGAUAUUACACUUUUAUAGUAUCACUGGUUAAGUCUUGCUCAAAUUGUUUGUGUACUAUAUGUAGCAUAAUCUAUGGGCAUGUUUUAAGAAUAUUUUACAAAUUGUCAGUAAUUUAUAUUAUUUAGAUAUACCCAACUGCUAUUAUAAGGUAUAUCUGAUAUGUGCUCUGUGAUAUAUUCCUAGAAUCAUUUUUUAGAUUAUGUGUAGAUGAUUGCAUGCUUAAACAUAUCAACAUUUUAUUUUCUAAUGCAGGCGUAUACAUGAAGUAUUAAUUUAUUUUCUAAUACAGACGUAUACGUGUAGUAUUAAUUUAUUUGCAAAUGCAUGUGUAUUUGUUGUCAUAUAUUUUGUUGACAGUGUACAAGGUUAUGUUGAAUUGUACAAUAACAGACUGCUAGGAAGCAAUUUCAUUUUGUUGACAGUGUACAAGGUUAUGUUGAAUUGUACAAUAACAGACUGCUAGGAAGCAAUUUCAAAGAGUGUAUGUGUUGGAAGAGGGGCAUAUUCUUGGAUGUAUUUCGAUUUGGUAAAGAAGUAAUUUUUUUUUAAAUUUGAAAAAUGGCACCUCUUUAUUUUCUACUGUCAUGAUCAGUUAAUCACUCAUUUCUCAGUUUGGAUUGUGAAAGUCUUCAUUCCUCAUCAUGUGUAUGAAUGAUUGCUUAUUCCUUACGAUGUGCCAAAGCUAUGUAAUGAUUGGUGCUAACUUCAUUUUGAUAAUAGUGAUGUAAGUUUCCCCUGUACACGAUAAACAUCAUUAACAGAU